GCAGACACAAUGGCAACCCCCCGUUCCCCGAUGAGUAAGACGUGUCCCGUAGGCGGCCGGGUUGUUCGUUAUUGAACAAGGUCGUUUUUACGUGUUGAGAUUCUCGUCACAAAACAUGCGGCGCUCACGCCGAAGAAACGGCAUUGUCAUUGCAGCGAGCGGUGUUGUCGUUCUCCAUCGCGCGCGCGCAACGUGCACAUUCUUCAUCGACGAGGCCGCGGAUGUUGCGCGCACAGCACUGGCGUCUGUCGUGCACAAUGUGCUGUCGUGUCCUAAUGACCUGCGCCAGGCACGCGCGCUCAACAUCCAUGGCCUCAAUGGUGGAUCAUGUGCACGUUGUGCGCGCGGGGUGGAGACGACACCAGCUUGCCCGGGAUUGACGCCAUAUUGGAUCGUCUCCAAUGCCGAGCGAAGCAGGAAUCAUGGGGCCUGUCGCGAGGAACGAAGGAGUGAGAAGAGAAGGAAAUACAGAAACCGUCUGGCCCAUCGCCAACCCAAGCAGGAAUCAUGGGGGCGAUCGCAUGGAACGAGCGAUAGGGAAGGAGAAGGAAACACAGUAACCGUGUGCACCGAUGUCUUCGUCAUCGGUUCCAUCCGUUCCCGCCACCUGAGACAUGUGCCACGACAUGAUGAUCAUCGGGGUGUUGAUGAAGAUGAUGAUGAUGCCGAUUGCAAUGCAGAUGAUGAUGAUGAUGAUGCUGACUUGGACGGUGGUGAUGUUGAUGACUAUGCCGAUGUCGAUGAUGAUGAUGACGAUGAUGUUGAUGAUGUUGUUGAUGAUGACGAGGAUGAUGAUGAUCAUGAUGAUGAUGAUGGUGUUGAUGAUGAUGACAACGAUGAUGAUGAUGAUGAUGAUGACGAUGGCGUUGACAAUGAGGAUGAUGACGAAGAUGAUGAUGCUGAUGACGACGAAGAUGAUGAUGAUGAUGAUGAUGAUGAUGAUGAUGAUGAUGAUGAUGAUGGUGGUGAGCAAGAGUCAUGGGGCCGCUCGCGAGGAACGAACGAGUGGGAAGCAAAAGGGCAUACAGAAACCAUGUGCCCCAAUUUCAUCGACAUUCGUUCCCGCCGUCCCCGCAACUUGCUACACGUGGCGCGAUGUGGCUGCUCCCAUGCGCCGACAAACAGAUUGCUGAGCCACGACGGAGCGAAGUGGAUCGUGAAAAAGAAGAAGGUCAAAAACGUUAAGCCUGGGGUCGCCUACAUCCACAACGACAAGUUGGGCAGAACUGAGGUGCUGUACAACGUCCCCGUGGACCCACCGAAUAAGAAAGGCAAAAAGGAGAAAGAGGAGGGCGAUUGGUUCGUGCAAGUGCCUGACCCGGAUGCGCAUUGUUGGAAAGCAAUGGAAUCACUCACGGACAAUGAAAAGUGUCGCAUUCUUAAGAAGGUGCUUACUUGCGAGGUCGUUUGGGUCCAGGCCGGCUCCCCAUCGUUGGCGAAGUUGGGGAAGCUGAGCGUGAAGGACAUGGUGCAACUGGUUAAGUGUGACCGCGUGCUGAUCCGGUUGUGGAAUUACUACCAAUUCAAGCACGAGAAGAGGUCGGACGCGGAUUGGAUCCAAAGGUACCCUUUCCUGAAAUCAAGGUCUGCAGUGUUCCGGAAGUUUGAAAGUCAGGGAUUGGAUGACGAGUUGUGGGAUAACAGCGGGAAACACGUUUCRGACUCGGCGUUGUUCAAGGACUGUCCGCCGUACAUGGGUUGCSACCUGGACAACUCGAUUGAGGUGACGGAGAAGUUGGCGGGACACAAGAAGUUKUCCGUCGACUGGAGAAACAAGGUUCUYUCCGUAUUGAAUGGUAGCAGACUAAAGAGCCGGGAGGUCGCCCUUGUCGAAGACAUUGUUCACAUUAAAUGGAAAGACACGGGGGACGUGACAUCCAUCRCGUCGUUCGCUAACGACCCUUUGGAGGUGGACAUGAGGGGCGCAGAGUUGAAGGAAGCAGUGACUGCCACAAAGAGCCACACGUCAAUUCGGGCGGGCACAAUGGUCGUGAAGCCAACACGGGAUAAGGUGUGGAGCAACAAGACGGAUAUGUGGUUCAAGUUGAGCGAGAGGAAGAUGAACAAGAUAUACGAUUUCUUAUUCCUUCAAACGCAGUCGAGGAAGGACUCUGACGUCGAGUACGUCCGCCGGAAGGACCACAUGUUCGCACUGCUCGACAACUACCACUUCGCCUCCCGCAUGAACGCGAAGACGUUUCUCGAUAGGCUGCAGUCGCUGUACUUCGUGGAGUCCGAGGAGCAGUUGAUGUUAGCCAGUUAUGCUUUUCUGAUCUCCACUGAUGACGAGGAAGGCACAGGUGUGGAGUUUGUCGCCAACGAGAAGGAGGAGGAGAGCGACACAGAGAGCAUUGACCUGCGGUACGACCCAUCUCCGGCGGACCACGGCAGAGGGUCGUCGUCGGCCGGUCCGUCACCGAGCGCUGCAGCCCUCGUGUCACCGUCGGCCAAACCGUCGCCAGGCACCACGCCGAUGAAGUUGCUGGAGAGACUCAGAGCUCUGGCCGUCCCCCCGCCCGCUUUGCGUCCCGGGUCCGACAUCCCGCCCGAUCAUCCAUCUUGGCAGGAUGACCACAUCCACUUCCUGCUAGAACCACAACGUCAUUCGCCUGAGCUGGAAUGGGGCCAUGACAUGGUGUGGCAUCCCGGAGUCAUCUUGAGAGUGGGUCAUGGCCGUUCUAAUCCCGGGCGCGGGAUGGGCGUCAUUCCCGAGCGAGUCGAAGUCCAACUUCCUGCACCUCGCGAGGAUUCCGCUUUGCUUGCUCUGGGCAGUUGCUCCGACGGAAAGUUGAAGUCUGUCGGGAUCCGAACUACGUCCGCUGAGGAGCCGCCGGAUCGGUCUGGAAUGCAAAGCCGCUCGAGGUCGGGGGAGCCAAGCAAGGAUCCCAAAAUUGGCAGUGUUGCGGCGCGGGACGGAAACGUGGGAAAGGUGUCGCAUGAGCAGGGGCGACAACCGCAAGGAUUGCAGCAUGAGGCUGCAGGGAUUGUCGUGCCGUUGAGAGGGGCAGCGUGCACGGAGACGGAAGGGCGGUCCUCGGGACUCAACACGGAUACCGCGGAAGGGGAUGAGUUUCCUGGAAGGGAAGUAGGGGAGAAAAUGGAGGAACGGAGGGGAGCGCAAGAAGGGGAGGAAGAAGGGGAGGAAGAAGGGGAAGAAGAGGAGGAAGGGGAGGAAGCGGGAAAAACGGAGGUACUUGAGUUGCUUGAAGGGAGGGUGCCGGAUCUGGAGACGACGAGGUGGAGCACAGUGAGGACGAUGCCAGAUCUGGAGAGUCGUCUGACAAGUUCGGACAACUGUACGGAGAGCAUCACGAGAAUGAUGUUGACGACGAUGCCACGGCAAUAGAGAUGGAGACACAGGUCGUUAGCAGCCUUUCCGCA